AUGACACAUCCCAAAACAGAAAAAACAAACUUCUCUAAAUUCUUUCUAAAAUAGUUUUUUUGCGCGAAAAUUACUCAAAAAGUGAAUAGAAAAUUAAUUUUUAUUGUUGAACCAGUUUAGGUUUACCUGUUAUUUGUUGGGAAAGAAAAUUAAUUUCUUUCCAAGGAUUCUAUUCCAAUAAGAUUUUUUUUCCGUCGUUUUUUGCAGAUUUUCUCCGUUUUUAUUGGCUAUAAUUAAGUGAAUUCCAUCAAUAAAGUCUGCCAGCGAGCCGAUAAAAUGAAUAAUAAUCGGGAUAUUUAUGAUUUAGUUGAAAAACUCUCCUUAGAACUUGGCGGAAGGAAUCAAAGAGGGGCCCUAAGGAGUGCCACCAACUACCUGACAAACACGCAACUCCGAGUAACGAGCGGGGAGGACGAGCAGACAAUUGUGACCAAAAUCACAUCAAUUCUCUCACAAAAGUCCAGUCGUGAUUUGGUGCUCUUCACGCGCCUCCACAAUCACUUAGCUUCAAAUAUGGAACUUAUUCCUCGAACGCAAAUUCUGUCCUUUCUCCUGAAUAUGGCAAACUCUGGGCGUGACCAGAGGAUCUCACCUGCGGAAAAUUCUCUUGGGAAUAGUACAAAGAAUCACAACAGCAUCAAUUCCAUUCGGCGUGUAAUGCCGAAAUCCUCAACGCGCUCUUCAGCACCUCCCUCCAUUUCUGAAGCUCCAUCGAAAUUACCUUCCUAUCGUGGAACAAUGACGCAAAUUUCAACUUCAGCGACACGCACGGGGGGAACCCAUUCGACUCUCGAGCCAACCGAUCAGCAGGAUGAACUUGUGCAGGAUGUACUGUACGCACUGAUUGGGAAGCAAUGCAAGUAUUUGCGAAAGGAUGUCGUAAGUGGGGGUUUUAAGCUCGAACCAGCUAAACGUCGCUCUCUAACGGCUCAGAAUGCCGAAAUGCUCCUCCGGUUGGCCGAAUUGGGCUACCUGCACGACCAAGUGGUGAGCUAUAUGGAUACAAAGAGCGAAAAGCACCCCCUUGGACUCAUUGGUCAGGGCCUCGUGUCGGCAAUUUAUCGAGAAUUAACCCAGUACUAUGGGAUGGUGGCCAGGAUGCAGGAACAAGUGAAUGCCCUACGUAGCAAGGGAACGGGGGAACGUGUUACUCUGAUGAAACUAAUGCUUUGGGUCACAAUGCCACUGCACAGAUUCACGUGGCUCACGAGAAUAGCUGAAAAGUGUGUUGAUUGCAAGGGGGGAGCCCUCAUGUCGACAGUUUCCUCCUACCUCAGUCACGGGGAUCACGCUGUGAAGGGUCUAGCACGGGUACUUCUUCAGGAAAUGUGUCUCCCAUUGCGCCAUAUGCUACUCCGGUGGCUACUCGAUGGAGAAAUUGAGGAUCCCCAUUCGGAAUUCUUCAUUGAAACCCUCCACGAUGUUACGAAUGAUCGUCUAUGGCAUGACAAGUAUCGUGUACGUGAGAAUCUCCUGCCGACAUUUAUCAGCACAAAUCUUGCUAAUAAAAUCCUAGUCAUUGGGAAGAGUAUCAACUUCCUGCGGAAAGUGUGCCAAGACAAGGGUGCCAUUGGUGGGCGGGAAGAGCUUAAAAUGUGCUUCGAGGAGAGAAUUGAUAAUCUCUUUGCGGCCGAUGGGGAUACGAGGUUGCAUCAGCAAAUUGAUACGUUCUACCUGAAUACGAGUAAGAAGGUCCUGCAGGUUAUUAUGGGGCCCAAUCGACUCUUGGAGCACCUCAAAGCCAUGCGACGGUAUCUGCUGAUGGGUCAGGGAGAUUUUGUUGGACUCCUCAUGGAAUCUCUCAAAACUCAACUCGAUAGUCCAGCAAAGGAGGUGCGUUGCUACAAUCUCUCAGCCAUUAUGGAUGCCACAAUUCGCAUGACAAAUGCCCAAUUUGACGAUCCGGACAUUCUGAGUCAUCUGGAAGUGCAGAUAAUGGAGCCAUUUGAUGGUGACACAGGGUGGGACAUUUUCUAUCUCAAAUACACCGUUCAGGGUCCCGUGGCGACUAUGCUGGAACCCUGUAUGGCACGCUAUAAGAUGAUCUUUAAGCCACUGUGGCGCACGAAACGCAUUGAAUUCGUACUAAUGUCCAAAGUGUGGAAGGAUCAGAUGUGCAAUGCAAAGGAAUUCCGUGGUAUGCGUGCCGAAAUGGAUGCAAUAACGUACAAAUUGCACCUCUGCACCCUGGAGAUGAUGCACUUUAUCAGUGAGAUUCAGUACUACAUCCUAUUUGAGGUGAUUGAGUGCUCAUGGGCAGCCCUUAGUGCACGCAUUGGUACUGCAUCGGCAAUUGAUGAUAUCCUCCAGGCGCACGAAGACUUCCUCGAGACAAUACGCUAUGGGAUCUUUUUGGAUGCAAAAAGUGACAAAUUAUUUGCCAAAUUGGAUACAAUCUUCCAAGAGGUGAUGAAUCUCGAAGCGUGGCAGGAUAAAUUCUACGAAGUUUGCUUCCGGGAGCUAAAUGCCCGCACGAGUUUCGAUACAAAUGUUAAAGUGAGUGAGAAGAAGGGUGAAUAUGGGGUGACAACGGAGAAGCGUAUGGAGCGGGAUCAAGAGAGAAAAAUCUUUCAGAGUGACAUGGCAAAAUUCCAAAAGAGUCUCGAUCACAUCCGUCACAGCUAUGAGACGUCCGUCAAGCAAUUCCUCUAUGAGCUGGCAUCGUCAAAUGACUACAAUUUGCAACUAUUUGGCAUUCGAUUGGACUUCAAUGAGUACUACAAGAAGCGCGAUGAUCGUCUCAAGGUACCCCUCACGUAUGAAUACAUGCGAAUGAGCAAUAUGUUUCACAGCAGUAGGAAUAGCAGUACUCGCAUGAGUACAAGCUUAAUUUACUGACCGGCCCGCAGUAGCCGUGCGGCUUCCAUAAGUUUGCCAAAUCCCACAGAAUCUCGUAUCCGAAUGCCAAGUGUGGGCAUACAGAGGCGCAUCAUUCAAGGAUCGUGUUGCAGUUGCUCCUAAAAACAAUCACCCCGUCUCCCAAAUGUUCUCUCCCUCUCUCUUUAUGAAACUCUCCCAAUAAAAUAAAAUGUGAAGAUAAAA